CCCGCAGCCGCCGGUAUUGCGGAUCUCCAGCCGGUGUGCCGGGAAACUCUGAGCUCCACAGCCGGACCGGGAGAGAGACGGGAGGAUGCAGAUGAUGUUUUUCUGAUGAAAUUCUCUCAGUAAAAACACACCAAUAAUGUCCUGCCUUCCUGCCAGCUGCCAAACUACAGCCUGCAGUAAUUCCCAAAAUUGAGGCGAACUACAAAAGAUCAAAAACUCAGAAGAUUCCCUCAAGUGUUUCCUUCAAACCAGAUGACUGUUUUACACCGUGUACGCUAAAGAAUGUGCAGAUGACUGAUUUGUUGAGUCACAUCUGUUGUUUGUCAGAUCAGAUUUAAAGAACAGCUGUGAGCUUCAGUUCUACAUGUAGUGUCAGAUAAACGGCACACAGCAACUCAGAGGUCAGUUUAGUUCUGUUAAAAAUGGCGACCGGUGCCACCAUGGAAGCCGCAGACAUCGCUGUCGUAGCCGUCUACUUCGUCCUGGUGCUGGUCAUUGGCUUCCUGGCGAUGUGGAAAGCCAACCGGAACACGGUGAGCGGCUACUUCCUCGCCGGUCGCUCCAUGAACUGGGCGGCGGUGGGAGCCUCUCUGUUCGUCAGCAACAUCGGAAGCGAGCAUUUCAUUGGGCUGGCCGGAUCCGGUGCUGCGAGCGGGUACAGCGUGGCGGCGUGGGAGUUCAACGCUCUGCUGCUGCUCCAGCUGUUGGGCUGGGUGUUCAUCCCCAUCUACAUCCAGUCUGGAGUCUACACCAUGCCAGAGUACCUGUCCAAACGGUACGGAGGGAGGCGGCUCAAGGUGUAUUUCGCCGCUUUGUCUCUUGUCCUUUACAUCUUCACCAAGCUGUCUGUGGAUCUCUACGCCGGAGCCCUGUUCAUCCAGGAGUCUUUAGGGUGGAACCUCUACCUGUCCAUCAUCCUCCUCAUCGCCAUGACGGCUCUGCUGACGGUCACCGGAGGUCUGGUUGCCGUGAUCUACACGGACACGGUCCAAGCGUUCCUCAUGAUCGCCGGAGCGCUCUGCCUCACAGGCAUCAGUUUCUUCAAAGUGGGAGGACUUGAAGGUCUGAGGAUAAAGUACAUGCAGGCUGCUCCAAACAUCACCGCUAUCCUGCUGUCGUCUCCCAAUCUGACGGACUAUGAAUCGUGCCACCACCACCUUAACCCAAAGCCAGAUGCUCUGAAGAUCCUUCGAGGCCCGAGGGAUCCAGACCUGCCGUGGCCGGGUUUCUUACUGGGCCAGACUCCUGCUUCUAUCUGGUACUGGUGUGCAGAUCAAGUGAUUGUACAGCGAGUUUUGGCGGCGAAGAAUCUUGCUCAUGCCAAAGGAUCGACCAUCAUGGCCGGAUUCCUCAAAAUCCUGCCCAUGUUUAUCAUCGUCAUCCCAGGAAUGAUCUCCAGGAUUUUCUUUGCGGAUGAGUUGGCGUGUAUCAGUCCAGAGCACUGCGUGGAGGUGUGCGGUUCAGCAGCUGGAUGCAGCAACGUGGCGUACCCGCGGCUCGUCAUGUCGGUGAUGCCCGUCGGCCUGCGGGGCCUGAUGAUGGCCGUCAUGAUCGCAGCUCUAAUGAGCGACCUGGACUCCAUCUUCAACUCGGCCAGCACCAUAUUCACGCUGGACAUUUACAAGAUGCUGCGGAGGCGGGUGUCGUCCAGGGAGCUGGUGGUAGUUGGCAGGCUGUUUGUGGUUUUCAUGGUGAUCAUCAGCAUCGCCUGGGUGCCGGUCAUCAUCGAGAUGCAGGGCGGCCAGAUGUUCUAUUACAUCCAAGAGGUGUCAGACUAUCUGACUCCCCCCGUAGCGGCUCUCUUCCUGCUCGGUGUCUUGUGGCAUCGCUGCAAUGAGACGGGCGCCUUCUGGGGCGGGAUGGUGGGGUUCGCCCUUGGAGCGCUGCGUCUGGUUCUGGCGUUUGCUUAUCGCGAGCCGCUUUGCAACGAGCCCGACGAGCGGCCGUCUUUCAUCAAAGACGUCCAUUUCAUGUAUGUGGCGGCCAUCUUGUUUUGGGUGACGGCUGUGGUGACUGUAGUCGUGAGUCUCUGCACACCUCCACCUGAAGACGAACAAGUCCGGACCACGACUCUGUGGGGGUUAAACAAGAGGAAGACGGAGAAAAAGCCAGAAGCAGAGAGACCUGGAGAAGACACUCUGAAGCCUCUAAACCACACAACACUAAACGGAAACGGUGUCGCUGGAGAAGAAAAGCUUCAGCUUAGCAGCACUGAGGCUAAUCAUGAAAAUGCUCAAUCAAACAGUGGGAACACAAUCGCAGCCAACGGCACUGAAACCCACCGUCCUGCCCAGAAUGGCGGCUGGACACUGAUUCCUGACCCCAGAAUGGUCGAAGAAGGAGGAGCAAGCGGUGAGGAGGGGGAGGAGCCGGGCUGCUUUGGGGGAGGAGGAGUGGAGAGUGGACGCUGUGUGAAGGUUUUAGAGUGGUUUUGUGGCUUCCAGGAGAAACCAUCCAAAGCUCAGGUCAUCACAGCUCAGGAGCAGGACAAGAUCGUGGAUGAGCUCCUCCACGAACCUCCAGCAGCCAGAAUCAUCCUGAACAUCGGACUGGUGGCGGUUUGCUCUGUCGGGAUCUUUCUCUUUGUCUAUUUCUCCUUGUAGGUUCAGUUAAAUCCAAGCAGUGGUCUGCAGGUAAGCUGUCCUUAAGUCUCCUCUGUGUUUUGUUUUUUUAAAAUAACCUGGCCUGUUCUUUUAACUGACUGGUUCCCUCUGAAGCUACACAAGAAAACGAGUCUACCGUGAGGUCAAAGAUUGUACUGACGCCCUGUACCACGUUUUCCAGUCCUCACAGCUGAUUAUCAUCUAAUUGAUUAUGAUCAACCCCCAAAACAAUUACUCAGACUACUACUUGACUGAUGAAACUUCUAAAAAUUUGGAAAUUGUGGGAAUAUAAUCGGAUCUAAAACCUUGUCAUGUCAGAAUGCUGCAGUUUGGCUCAGAAAGCCCUUCACGAGAACAGGCUCAGGUCCUUCUAAACAGGAAAAAUGAGCAUGUUAUUUUAUAUUGUGAGAUGCAUUUUAAGCUGCAUGUGGUGAUAAUGGUUCAGCAUGCUACAAAGUAAGCAGCUUCUUUGCAAUAAAUUCUGUGAGUGUAAUUAAUAACGCUCAGUUUCGGGCAGUGUUUCCGAAAACAUGAAUGAAAAAGUCAGGAAACACAUCUUUAAACAUCACAAAAAUGGUUUUACAUUAGGUAAGAUGGUGUCCCACUAAAAGCACAAUGCACAGGUACAUAUAACUAGUUAACUGUGAAUGAGACAAAGCUUAAUCCUCCAUGCAGUUUCUGGCUGUUUUCUACUCAUUGUGGGUUCAUUUUUCAUUUUAAAUGCAGUUCUAUGGAAGCAGAACAACCAGGACUAGAAGCAGAGGGAACUGAAAAAGUGUUUUCUGUGCAGUUCAACACAUUUAUAUCAUAAAAGUGAACAAAAGUUGAAUUUAUUUAUUUUUCUAAAUUUGAAAAAUCCUGGAAUCAGCAUAGUGUCCAAAAAGUGGCGACUCUCCACACCACAGAUAUUUUACAUUUACAUUUUUAAUUUGUUUUCCUCUCCUUCUGUAACUGCUCUGUGGAAACACUGCCUGCAGUUCAACCAAAAAGACCUCUGAAUGUUUUGUUUUUCACAGAAUUUGGUUCAUGCACACGGCUUAUUUCUGGAGAAUUUUUAAAAGAGAUAUGAGGUUUCUAUCAGUUUUUGGCUCUAAUAAAUGAUACAAUUUUGGCUUCUUUUUUUUUAAGGUAAAAUGUGGUUUUGAGGUUCAGAGGGUUAAAAUAUCCACUGAAGAAGCUACCAGUGCCAACAGAUAAAAAUGUAAAAUAGAAACAAAAACAUUCACCUGCAAAUUGGAAAAUCACUCAGGAAACCUUGAACACCUCAUCAUCCAUUAUCUGCAAUAAACACUUUAAACAUUUAACCAUUGUAUCGCUUGGCGUUGAUAAUCCACAUUUCAGAACUGCAGCCUGUGACUACCAAAGUAUGCACUUAUUAAAACCUACAAAAAGUAUUUUUACAUAGGCCUGUAACGGUUCAGACUAAAUAUUUGAGGUUUCUUUGAACAGUGUUUGUGCUCUAAUUUCCCACUUCUGUCCAGACCGGACGUAAGAUUUUACUUCAAACAUGUUCACUCCACAGUGUGUAAAUUAGUGGGAAAUGCACUUUAAAGGGUUUAUAUGUAUAACUAUGCAAUGCCACUGUGUAAAACCACAAACACUGAAUCAUUCUGGAAAGUCAACGUGUAAAACACAAUGCUGCUGCUUGACGCUGAUUCAGGGAGUUUUCAGGACAAUCUGCUUUAUUGAUCUGUUUUUGUACAAUUUCGGUAUUCUGCUGCAGAACAGAAAUCAUGCCACAUGGUAUGAGAAUAUGCAAACACAGAGGAAGAGAUAUGAGUAUACAUUUGUAGAAAUAAGCUUGACCCACUGCCCGAGUUCCCAUUUUAGCGUACAGAGAGCUGAUUAAGUAGCCUAAUUUCCAUAAGCACUUAGCUAGUUCAGGAUAUUGCCAGGAAACAUACGAUAACUGUUGUUUUCUGUCUGCACACCAAAAUCCAAGUUUUUUGUUUUUUUUACAAAUUUUAAUUUUGUAUUGUACAAUUUAAAAGCACUAACUUGGUGAAAUGUGUAUGGACGUGGACAUGCACGGCUCAAAGUGCACUGGUAAAUCUCAGCACUAAUUUACUUCAGUUUUGUUAAUGUGUCAUCCUUUUGUUGUAUCUAACUGUCCAUUAGCUGCUGGUAAUUAUUUGCAAUUAUUUAAAGGUUUAGCAGCUAGCACAGUUUCAUAAAUGAAAAACUGUUGCCCCUUCAGAGCUAAUGCUAAUCUUGUUAUAUAUGUUUUCUGCAAUGUUUUGUGGUGGAAAUGAGAGAAAUCAUACUGUAUGUAAGAUGUAGACACAAUAUUUUGAGUUUGUAUUGGUAGCAUGCCAGCACGUUAGCAUGUAGCCACAAUUUGAUUGAUGCUAACCUGCAAUGAGAUUGUAAUUAGCAUUUAAAAGACAUGCUAACAUCUUAGCAUGUCUGUUACGUGUUAAAGUGACACAUUAAUGUAACAAAUCUUUUGUGUUCAUUUCAUGCUAGCAUGUUAGCAUUAGCAUGUUAGCUACAUGUUAAAGUGACAUGUUAAUGAAGCAAAUCUUUUGUGUACAUUUCAUGCUAGCAUGUUAGCUACAUGUUAAAGUGACAUGUUAAUGUAACAAAUCUUUUGUGUACAUUUCAUGCUAGCAUGUUAGCUACAUGUUAAAGUGACAUGUUAAUGUAACAAAUCUUUUGUGUACAUUUCAUGCUACCAUGUUAGCAUGUAGGGCUGCACAUUGGAGUAGUGGUUAGCACUUUCGCCUUGCAGCAACAAGAUCCCCGGUUCAAAUCUGGUCCUGGGAUCUUUCUGCGUGGAGUUUGCAUGUUCUCCCUGUGCAUGCGUGGGUUUCUCCGGGUACUCCGGCUUCCUCCCACAGUCCAAUAAUAUGCUGAGGUUAAUUGAUUACUCUAAAUUGCCCGUAGGUGUGAGUGUGAGUGUGAUUGUGUGUCUGUAUAUGUAGCCCUGUGACAGACUGGUGACCUGUCCAGGGUGUCCCCUGCCUUCGCCUGAGUCAGCUGAGAUAGGCUCCAGUGAGGAUAAAGCGGUGUAUAGAGGAUGGAUGGAUGUUAGCAUGUACAGUAUGUUACAUGUUGAAGUGACAUGGAAAUGUAACAAAUCUUUUGUGUACAUUUCAUGCUAACAUGUACCUGCAGUCAGUUACCUGCUAGCAUGAAACCUUAGUCACAGCAAAUAGUGUAAAAUAUUAGCACAAGUCGUGGGGUAUAGACCUUUUUUAUGCUUUUAUUCUUCCUGUAUUUCCACAUACAGUAGGGGGCAUACAUUAAUUCCACGUUCAGACAUGUUUAAUCAUUUCAGCAGACUAGAAAGUUUUUCUGUGACUUUCUUCUGUUGCUAUGAUAACAUAUCCUUGAAUUUUUCCCAAUGGGGAUGUGCUCAUGAAAUUCAUAGUGAAUGUGAAUUAAAUAGAAUUUUACUGUGACUAUAGCUUUUCAUUUUGAUGGAAUUGUUUAAAUAAUCCUGUGUUUAAGUUUUUCUUCUCAGUCUUUUAUACUGUAUAUGAAAGGGUUGUUUUCAACGUAUGCACUUGGUGCAACUGAGGAAUGCAACAUUUAGGUGUUUUUAAAGGAUUACAUGGGAUGGGAAAGCAUUUGAGGAUUUUUUAUUAUUAUUUUCUACACUUAUAGAACUCAGAGGAUGUCUUCCACUCUAAUAAUUAUAUUUUUUGAUCUUACUGUGUUGUUUUGUAAAAAAAAUGAUGUAAAACCUGAUUACAGAUGUGAAGGGAGGGACUUAAGUUCCACAUUAUUCCCUCCUCUACUUGAUUAAUCCAGGCAGUAUAAUUGCAUAACCACAUUUUUGCAUCGUUUUAAUGUUUGAUUUUAUAUUUUGUCAAAUGUGUGAUAUGCUUUAACUCCAGUCAAAUUCACUGACUGGUAUUUAUGACGAUGAGGAAAGGUGCUGGUUCUAAGUUGUUCCCCACAUCUGAGACUUAAGCUGUCAAAGGUAUUGCACAAUAAAAAAAAAUAGGAUGAACCUACAGAUUGUUGUCCUGUCAUCAUGUCAUUCCAAUCAUAUAUCGCAGCUGGUGUGGAUCACUUAGGAAUACCAUAGCUGUGGCUCUGCUUGAAGAAAGUCAUUCAGGUCAUAGUAAUCCUACUGGAACUGGAAUUCUUCUUUUGGGUCUUGAAGACAUGUCACAUCUUCAGAUGUAAUUGACUGAUCAUGAGUCCCAGAUAUUGAUUGUCCAUAACAAUCGAUUGUUAUGAUGGUCCACACCAGUUGGGGUGAGGAUGAUUUAAG